UUGCAGGCGAUGACUGAUGUAAAAUUUUCAUGUCCGUGCAUUUAUGAGUGGAAUAUAACUAUAACAAUUUUAAUCUUCGCAACUCCUGCUAUUGUUGCGUUUGUUAUAAUGAUAUUAGUAUUAAGGCCUUGGACAUAUAAACGUGAAUGUCAACGGAAUAAAGGAGCACCUCAAGGAGGAGACAACCGAAGAGCAUCUCAAGGAGGAGACAACGGAGGAGCACCUCAAGGAGGAGACAACGGAGGAGCACCUCAAGGAGGAGACAACCGAAGAGCAUCUCAAAGAGAAGGCAAGAAAGAAGCAUCUCAGUCUGAAAUAGAUGAGCUUAAUGUAAAUUUGAGUUGUGAAAAAGCUGUUUUAGCUUGUUUAGUUCCGAGUCUUGUGUGGAUCUGUUUAUGUUUCAUUGAUGGUGAUUAUCUCGCAUGUGGAACCACAUACUGGAAAGGACACUAUGCCUGUGAUAAAGAACUGCAUACAAAUUGUUUGAAUUGGUGCAAACCCAACGAUCUGAGCCAAGGAAAAAAAGACACUGAAUAUGAUGAAUAUGAAAAAAUACGAAAUGUGAUUGCCCUAUCAAAAACUACAGGUUAUGUUCUGGCUAUUUUCUUCUGCAUCAUAGCAGUGAUUAUUGUGAGUUAUGACUGCUACAAAAAUGGAAAAUCAACGUGCUGUGGAAGUACAGAUCCAGAGAGCCAGAGUCAUGGACGGCAAGGUCCAGGUACUGAGAAUCAGCCAGAGCAACGCAAUGACAACCCUAAGAUAAACAACGCUGAAAAUGCAACCGAGCAUGACAGACUCAUGAGGACAGGAGUUAUAACACCGCCUUGUGAGUGACAGUAUCAGUGACAUCAAAUGCCAUCAGAUUUUGUGUGCGUUGUGACCUUACAAAAUUUGGUUGUAUC